GCAAAUGAGGUUUUAUUAUGUGCAGAGCAGAAAAUUUUGGAAACAGUCCUCCAAUGGUGGGAUCGGCCUCUUCCCACAGGAGUCCACCCUCAACGUGGAUUUGGAUUUCAAGCAGCCUUUCCUGGAGCUGAAUCGAAUCCUGGAAGCUCUGCAUGAGCAGGACCUGGGGCCAGCGUUGGAAUGGGCCAUCUCCCACAGGCAGCGCCUGCUGGAGCUCAACAGCUCCCUGGAGUUCAAGCUGCACCGACUACACUUCAUCCGCCUUCUGGCAGGUGGCUCUGAGAAGCAGCUGGAGGCCCUCAGCUAUGCCCGGCACUUCCAGCCCUUUGCACGGCUGCACCAGCGGGAGAUCCAGGUGAUGAUGGGCAGCCUGGUGUACCUCCGGCUGGGCUUGGAGAAGUCACCCUACUGCCACCUCCUGGAUAAUAGCCAUUGGGCGGAGAUCUGUGAGACCUUUACCCGGGAUGCUUGUUCCCUGCUGGGGCUUUCUGUGGAGUCACCCCUCAGUGUCAGCUUCGCCUCUGGCUGUGUGGCGCUGCCUGUGCUGAUGAACAUCAAAGCAGUGAUCGAGCAGAGGCAGUGCACGGGGGUGUGGAGUCACAAGGAUGAACUGCCGAUUGAGAUAGAACUCGGCAUGAAGUGCUGGUACCACUCGGUCUUUGCGUGCCCCAUCCUCCGCCAGCAGACAUCCGAUUCCAACCCUCCCAUCAAGCUCAUUUGUGGCCAUGUGAUCUCAAGAGAUGCACUCAACAAGCUCAUUAAUGGAGGAAAGCUGAAGUGUCCCUACUGCCCUAUGGAGCAAAACCCAGCAGAUGGCAAACGCCUCAUAUUCUGAUCCCAGCCUCGAAGGAACUUUGGUUUUGAGGGGUUUUCACCCAUGAUCCUUGGCCAUCUCAGUGAGGAUGGCUGGUUUCAGUGGACUGUAGUUCAUUUCAGAGCGGCAAACUUGAGGAGUGCCACCAUGGCCAGAAGCUGGAAGGAUAUGAGCCAACCUGCCCUAGGCAGCUGGCUCCCUGGCUGUAAGAAGCUGGCUUCUCUAGUCCUGCUGUGUCCGUUUAUAUUUGCUGUAAGUAUCGACCAACAUAGAAGCAAGGACUUGCCACCAGCAGCAGAUGUCUUCCCAUCCCUGCCUCAGCCAGGUCCCACUGCCAUGCCAGCAUCAUGUCCGCCUCCUGCUGUAUGGCCUCACCAAUGUAUGUAUCUGUUUCCUACUGUAAAUAGUCUAGGUUAGAAUUGAAUGCCACUGUUUUAUAACUUGGAGCAAAUAUACUAACCUGCCUUUAGCUUCACUGGCAAAGAAUUUCACAUGCAUAUGUGCCCACUGCAGAGAGGUGCCAGGCAUGGCCUGGCUGCUGCUGCUGGUUAGAACAGAAGCAGCCAUGGUGCCCAGUCAGGAAGAACCCAGCCCGCAUCUGAUGGGGAGAAAAUCCUGUAAUAUGUUGGGCCCUGUGCAAGGUGCUUUUACACAUUCAUAAAUACAGCUCAUUACCUCUUCAUUUGAAAUUGGUAUGGAGGGUUGAGGAACAUGAAUUGUAUAGCCAAGCAUCAGGCUUGUAAAAGAGAGUGCUUGGUGGUUAAACCAGAUCUGACCCUCAAGCCCAAUCUAGGUUUUUUCUCCAUGGUGCCUGAGCUUGGUGGCUGUGUGCGCUG